AUGCACACUGCACUUAGAGCAUGUGGUUGGUACUUUGAUAGUGGUUGGUACUUUGAUAGUGGUUGCUCUAGACAUAUGAAAUGUGAUAGAAUAUUAUUUAUCACUUUUAAGGAAUGCUCAGUUGGUACUGUUACUCUUGGUGAUGGUAAUGCUUCUGUUGUAAGUGGUAAAGAUCCUUCACUAAUGUGUUUUUCUACAGCUAGUGAUGAGGUAGUUUUAUGGCAUAAAAGACUUGGACAUAUGAAUUAUAAUGAUUUAGUGAAUUUGUUUAAUAAUGAUCUUGUUCAAGAUAUGAGUAAUACUUUUGAAAUGAGCAUGGUUAGUGAACUGACUUUCUUUCUAGGUCUCCAAGUGAAACAACUUGAUGAUGGGAUUUUCAUAUCUCAAUCAAAAUAUGUAAAGGAGCUAGUUAAGAAAUUUGGUGUGAAAAAUUCAAAGCAUGUUCAAACUCCUAUGAGUACUUCAUCCAAAUUGGAUAGAGACUCUAAUCCUAAUAAGGUUGAUCAUUUCUUGUAUAGGAGUAUGAUUGGCUAUACUGAUUCUGAUUGGGCUGGUAACAAGGAUGAUAGUAAGAGCACUUCAGGUGGUUGUUUCUAUGUUGGUACCAAUUUUGUUUCAUGGUACAGCAAUAAGCAAAAUUACAUAUCUUUAUCAUCUUGUGAGGCUGAAUACAUUGCUGCGGGAAAUUGUUACACAGAAUUGCUUUGGAUAAAACAGAUGCUUCUAGAUUAUGGAGUUGAUCACAUUACUUGA